CGAUAAAGCGUCGGAGGCGGCGUUCGGCCUGUCGGGAUGGAAGGCGCUGCACGAGCUGAACCCGCGGGCCGCCAGCGAGGAGGCGGAAUACCCAUUACCAGUGCCUCAUACUAUGCCACCAUGACGCUGGACCAGGUCAGACAUGUGUUCCGCUCCGACACAGAGGUGCCCAUGCCUCUGCUUGAAGAGAGGCACCAGGUGCUGAAUGAAAGUGGGACGGUUCUGUUGGAGAAGUUUGGAGGCUCUUUCUUCACCUGUGUUAAAAUGAGUGAGAACAGGGCUCAAAAACUACUACAUCUUGUGGUGGAAAACUUUCCUUCUUACAGAGAUGAAGCUGUUUUUGAGAAAAAGAAGGUGUCUUUCUACAAACGGGCACAAAUACUUGUGGCUGAUACAUGGAGUGUAUUGGAAGGCAAGGGAGAUGGCUUUUUUGGAGACAUUUCUAGCCUGACUAUAUUUGCUGACUACAGAAUUCCUCAAGUUCUUGUUCAUUUAAAAGCCAUGAAAUAUUCUGAAGAUCUAAUGAAAAAGCUACGUGAAGGAACUGUUUUCAAGUCUGGUGACAGAGAGGAGGUGGAGAUCCGUGGUUGUUCAAUUUGGUGCUGCAUGCUAAUCUGCAGACACUUGCUGGAGCUCUAUGAGAAGAAGGGUCAAGACAUGCGUGAUCAGAUCAAUGCAGUUUUACUUGAUUACUAUCUCUGGGACUAUGCCAGGGAUCACAGGGAAGAUAUGAAAGAUAUUCCAUUUCACCGAGUACGGUCUAUAUAUUACUAAGUCCAGCAGGAUAGCUACUGUAUUGUUGUGUUUCCUUUUCAAUUACAGUUCCUUUUUUCAUACUGUGAUUUGUCAUGUACUAGUUUGGAACUUGCUAAAUCAAACAAACACUUUCUGAUGACA